AUGAAGGCUUCGGCAAAAAAAGCCUGGGGCAAUGACAGCCUGGUGGGUAAAAAGGUGCUGGUACAGGGCGUUGGCCAUGUAGGGCAAUACCUGGUAGGCCACCUGGUGAAGGAAGGAGCGAAAGUAUAUAUAACUGAUAUUGAUCAGAACAAGAUCCGCCAGACGGUAGAGACUUACCGCAAUGUAGAGGUAGUGGAUGGCGCUGGUAUCUUCGACCUGGAUAUUGAUAUUUAUGCUCCCUGCGCACUGGGUGCCACGGUUAAUGAUGAUUCUAUCAGCAAACUGAAAGCCCAGAUCAUUGCCGGUGCUGCCAAUAACCAGUUGGCCGACGAAAAUGUACAUGGCCCUAAGCUGAUUGAAAAAGGUAUCCUCUAUAAUCCCGACUUCCUGAUCAAUGCCGGUGGCCUCAUCAAUGUGGCUGCGGAAUUGGAGACUUAUAACGCAGAUCGUGUACGCGGUAAUGUAGAAAAGAUCUACGAUCGUACUUUAGAGAUCUAUGCUUUGAGCGAAAAGGAAGGGCUUCAUACCCAGGCAGCCGCUAUGAAGAUCGCAGAACAGCGUCUUCGUGAUAUUGCCAAUGUGAAAUCAAGGUUGUAA